AUGCUUGGGGACGCCAAGGCAAGCCUACUAUGCCUGUGCCUGCCACAAGAUUUGAUUGACAUGGAAGAAAUCAAACUUUUAUGGCUCCUCCCGCACCCGCACCCGUUUAUACAUUCUAGACUCUCUCUCCCCGGUCCUGGCGGGCCCUGUUCCGUAGCGUCGCGGGACCUGAGGGCAAUCCCGUCGCUAUCACCUGUCAGAGACACACUCUUGAGGGUAUCGCGCUAUAUGCAUGUAGAAUACGCCUUAUCGGCAUCGAUGGUGAAUGCAUGCAAUGCGAUCGAGGUGGACGCCCACGUGCUGUUAUUUUUGGUACGCACUAUGGGCAAUUUCGGAACUGCAGUCACUUCGCUUCUAGAUACUUAUACAAAAUGUUUGUUUCUCCUGAAGGGUACCCGCAACCAUGAUGAUGGAACCUUGAGCGAUACCCAUUCAACACUAAGUGCCUCGCUUCGAUCUGACCGAGCACGAGUCCGUCGAGUAUAUGCUUCGCGGCUCUCCAAAGAUGGCUCUCGUUUUGAAAAAGGCGACGCCCCUGCUCGAUCGGCCUUAAGACGGAUUAUCAAGAAACUCACCAGUACGCUUACCAACAUCGUCUCGCAUGACGGAAAGCAACAGCCGGUCAGAUAUGAGUCUCUAUUAGCCCUUUCGAAUGGAUCGAGCAUAGAAGCAGUUCGCACCAUGAAUGACUUGUCGAGCAGAGUAGGAUCAAGAAGCACCAUCUCUCAAGGUAGCGUUAAAGCUAGGAACAAAUCCGAGAAACGGUCAGAGGGACGUCUCAGGAGCGAUAAAAAGGAGCGCAAAAGACAUUCGAGUCGCCAACAACGGUCAUCCGUCGGUCGACAUCGCCAGCCAAGUUCCAAAGGUCGACGGCACCCACCAGACAAGCCAGCGACUUACAACCGGGUCUCAAUAUUGACUAUGUCAUCGGAUUCUACCAAGUUGGGGGAGAUCAGACGACGCCUCUCAAAGCAAAGGCCAGUCGAGGGCUAUGAGAGUAUGGCUGCGUAUCCGCUGUACUACUCCCCUCAUAAUGAAGUGGUUCAGACUCGGAAAAGGUGGUGGAAUCCCUUUAGGCGUUCACGGUCGACAGAUACUGACAUGUAG